AUGUCGGUAGCACUGCAGGUGGCCGGGGAGCCGCCUCCCGGGGCGGGGGGCAGCCGUGGGGCAGGGGACACCCCGCUCCCAGCCCCGGGCUGGGUUCAGCACCCUCCCUCCGCAGGCACCGGGGAGCUGCGGCUGGUGGACGGCGGCGGGCGCUGUGCCGGCCGGGUGGAGGUGAAGCACAAGGGCGAGUGGGGCUCCGUCUGCGUCUACGACUACGACCGGGAAGCCAGAUGGGCCACCGUGGUGUGCCGGUACCUGGGCUGUGGCCCGGUGGUCAGGUCGUCCCCCUACGCCCCGUUCGGGCAGGGCACCGGCCGGAUUUGGCUCCAGCCCUUCUUCUGCCAGGGCGACGAGACGAUGCUGCAGGAGUGUCCCAACUACGGCUGGGGUCAGCACUUCUGUGGCCACAGCUGGGACGUGGGGGUGACCUGUGCAGACGCGAUGGAGCUGAGGCUGGUCGGCGGCGGGGGUCCCUGCGCCGGGAGGGUGGAGGUGAAGCUCCAGGGACGCUGGGGCUCAGUGGCAGACACGAACUGGAACAUGGAGGACGCCGAGGUGGUAUGCCAGCAGCUGGGCUGCGGCUCGGCCGCCGGUGCCUAUGCUGCCAGCGCCCGCUUCGGCAAAGGGGACGGCCCCAUCAGCCUGGCUGUGAUCGACUGCCGUGGGGACGAGACCGCCCUCUGGAACUGCGAUAUCCAUGGCUGGGGACCCUAUGGUGGCACUCACAGCUCUGACACCGCCGUCGUCUGCCAAGGGUUCACCCGGCUGGUCGGCAGCGCCAGCGCCUGCGCCGGGCGUCUGGAGGUGCGGCGUGGCCGAACCUGGACCAGCGUCUGCCAGGACCACGUGGACAUCAAGGCCGCCCAGGUGGUGUGCCGGGAGCUGGGCUGUGGCACGGCGCUGGCUGUCCACGGCUGGUUUGAGGCGGGAACGGGGCCGCUCUGGGAGGGGGGGUUCGAGUGCACCGGCACCGAGCUCCUCCUCUCUGCCUGCGCCCAGCGGCAGCCCCGCGGCCAGGGCUGCACCGGCCAUGCCGGCAUCAUCUGCUCCCCCUACACCGGUUUCCGGCUGGGGGACAACAGCUCGAGCUGCGCCGGGCGGGUGGAGGCGGAGGCGGGGGGGACGUGGGGGUCCGUCUGCGCCACCGACUGGGACCUGCCCGACGCCCACGUCCUCUGCCACCACCUCGGCUGCGGCCGCGCCGCCACCGUGCCCCCGGGAGGCUCCUUCGGCGUCGGGGAUGGGCCGCUGCGGCGGGACAUCUUCGGCUGCGACGGGAGCGAGCGGCACCCAGGCGAGUGCCCCACGGUGGUGCUGGGGGAGCCCCCCUGCCUCCCCGGCCACGCUGCCGCCGUCAACUGCUCAGGCGUUGCCGAGCCCCUGCGGCUGGCGGAGGGGGAGAGCCGGUGCGACGGGCGGCUGGAGGUCGCCGCAAGCCUCGGUGCCUGGGCCCGUGUGCCGGCGGGGCUGUGGGACGCCCGGGGUGGCGGCGUGGUGUGCCGGCAGCUGAGCUGCAGCAUGCCGGAGAAGAUCUACAGCGUGCCGGGCUCGGGCACCGCGGCGCUGCGGGGGCUGUGGUGCGCCGGCACCGAGGAGAGCGUGGCCCAGUGCAACGUCUCGGGGAUGGCCGUCGUGCCGACCAGCAGCCCUGAAGAGGUGGCCAUCGUCUGCUCGGGCAGCCGGCGGGUGAGGCUGGCAGGCGGCCCCGGGCGCUGCGCCGGGCGAGUGGAGAUCUACGGCAAUGGCACCUGGGGCAGCGUCUGCCAGGACACCUGGGACCUCUCGGACGCCACGGUCGUCUGCCGCCAGCUGGGCUGCGGAACGGCUCUGGAGGAACCCAGGUCGGCUCGCUUCGGUCCCGGCACGGGGCCCCUGUGGCCGGAUGCCGGUGGCUGCGCCGGGACGGAGGCGUCGCUCUGGGACUGCCCGGCCUUGGCACGGCACGUCUGCCGGCGCGGUGGCGGGGCGGUAGCCGUGUGCUCAGAGCAGCUCUCCCUGCGGCUGGUGGGCGGCAGCACCCGCUGCAACGGGCACCUGGAGGUGCUCUACAACGGCACCUGGGGCCGCGUGUGCGCCAACGGCACCAGCCCCGCCACGGCCAGCGCCGUCUGCCGGCAGCUGGGCUGCGGGGACGGGGGCUGGCUGGUGGCCGCCCCUGCCCAGGACCCCGCGCCCGCCUGGCUGUCCUGGGUGGGCUGCGAGGAGGGGGCUCGCUGGCUCUGGCGGUGCCCGGCGGCACCCUGGCACCUGCAGGACUGCGGCCCCGACGGGGACGCCCACGUCACUUGUGACGAGGACAGCGGUGGCACGAGCGGGACCCCCACCCCAUCCCCAGGUGUCCCCAGCAGCACCACCCCGGCGGCAGCGUCGGGGACCGCGUCGGUGCCCACGGUCCUGUGCGCGGUCCUGGGGACGCUGCUGUGCCUGGCCCUGGGCGCCCUGGCCGUGCAGGCGUGCCGUGCCCGGGCUCAGCGCCGAGGCCCCGACGGAGCCGCGGGCGCCAUCUCUGACGCCAUCUACGAGGAGCUGGACUACGCCCUGACGCCGGAGUACCAGGAGGUGCCCAGUCGCUCAGGCUCCCUAUCGGAGGGGUCGGGGACGAAGCUGCCGUAUUACCCCAAGGACAGCGUGGAGCGGAGUGACCCCAAGGCAGCCCCAGGUAGGGGCAGAGGGGCAGGACCCCGGCAGGGAGCCCGGGGGAGAGGGGCCACGGCCAGGCGCUGGGGCACCGAGGGCACACAGCCCCCCCCAGCAGCGUGCAGCCAAGCAUCCCCUUUCCCUGCCGAUCGACCCCCCCCCCCGCUGCGGCUCUGGCCCAGAGCUUGCAGCCCCAGUGCCACCGGGACGUCCCCAGUGGCACGUCCGGAGGCGGGGGGUGGCUCAGCCAGACCCCUGCCAGACCCCGCGGCUCACUCCCGUGCACCCCCCCAGACUCCCCUGCCCAGCACAGCCCCUCGCAUUACUAUGACGAUGCCACGGCUGUGUCGCAAGAGUCCCCCGCUGCCAGCGCUGGGGACAUCUCCGAGGGGGAGGCGCAGAGGAGCUGGGGCCGUGUCCCACCCGCAGGAUGGAGCGCCGGCCGGCCCCGCGGCCCCUUACCGCAGCGUCUGCAGCCGGCAGGUGCGGCGCCGGAGCCCCUCGCACAGCAGCUGCACGCCGGCGUCGCGCAGCCCCUCGCUGAAGGACAAAUCCAGCUCUUCCAGGCACGGGCUGGUGCCCAGCGCGGCGGCGAGGUCCUCGCAGCAGGCGCUGGUGAGGCGGGAGUACCACAGCCUGCCGGGGACCGGCCGGCCGGAGCCUCAGGGCCAGCCCCCGCCGGGCCACCCCACCGCGGAGAGCCCCCGCGUCACCGACCAUUUCCUCGUUGUCCUCCAGGACGUAAAACAUCGCUGCAAAGAACUCCUGGAGGUGCAGCACCACGACCUGCAGCGUUUGCCCAUCUUCAUCGAGUUUAAACAGCGUCUGCGUGGUGACGGUGACGGUGGCUGGUCCGUUGCCGAUGUCGGCACAUCCACGGCCGGCGCCCGCGGCUUCAUGCUCACCUCCGCGCUUGCUCCAAGGUUUCCUGGCGACGGUCAGGUCGGUGUAGCGGCUGCUGACGGACAGGUUCUCCCCGAGACAGGAGUUCACAUCUUUGUACCGGAGGAACUCCCGGGCCACAUGCUCUCUGUAUUUCUGCUUGUACUCUGCACCGGCGAGAAGCAGAGUCAGUCCCCAGCGCAGCCGGAUUCCCGAGGAGCUCCUAACCAGCCCAACCGCGCUCCUGACACGCCAACGGGACGCUUGGUUCAACGCUUUCCUAAGUCUGGCAGAGGCGAUAAGGCCAUCGGUCUGCGAGGAUUUCGGGCCUCCGGCACCGGGGAGCUGCGGCUGGUGGACGGCGGCGGGCGCUGUGCCGGCCGGGUGGAGGUGAAGCACGAGGGCGAGUGGGGCUCCGUCUGCGCCUAUGACUACGACCGGGAAGCCAGAUGGGCCACCGUGGUGUGCCGGUACCUGGGCUGUGGCCCGGUGGUCAGGUCGUCCCCCUACGCCCCGUUCGGGCAGGGCACCGGCCGGAUUUGGCUCCAGCCCUUCUUCUGCCAGGGCGACGAGACGAUGCUGCAGGAGUGUCCCAACUACGGCUGGGGUCAGCACUUCUGUGGCCACAGCUGGGACGUGGGGGUGACCUGUGCAGACGCGAUGGAGCUGAGGCUGGUCGGCGGCGGGGGUCCCUGCGCCGGGAGGGUGGAGGUGAAGCUCCAGGGACGCUGGGGCUCAGUGGCAGACACGAACUGGAACAUGGAGGACGCCGAGGUGGUAUGCCAGCACCUGGGCUGUGGCUCGGCCACCGGUGCCUAUGCUGCCAGCGCCCGCUUCGGCAAAGGGGACGGCCCCAUCAGCCUGGCUGUGAUCGACUGCCGUGGGGACGAGACCGCCCUCUGGAACUGCGAUAUCCAUGGCUGGGGACCCUAUGGUGGCACUCACAGCUCUGACACCGCCGUCGUCUGCCAAGGGUUCACCCGGCUGGUCGGCAGCGCCAGCGCCUGCGCCGGGCGUCUGGAGGUGCGGCGUGGCCGAACCUGGACCAGCGUCUGCCAGGACCACGUGGACAUCAAGGCCGCCCAGGUGGUGUGCCGGGAGCUGGGCUGUGGCACGGCGCUGGCCGUCCACGGCUGGUUUGAGGCGGGAACGGGGCCGCUCUGGGAGGGGGGGUUCGAGUGCACCGGCACCGAGCUCCUCCUCUCUGCCUGCGCCCAGCGGCAGCCCCGCGGCCAGGGCUGCACCGGCCAUGCCGGCAUCAUCUGCUCCCCCUACACCGGUUUCCGGCUGGGGGACAACAGCUCGAGCUGCGCCGGGCGGGUGGAGGCGGAGGCGGGGGGGACGUGGGGGUCCGUCUGCGCCACCGACUGGGACCUGCCCGACGCCCACGUCCUCUGCCACCACCUCGGCUGCGGCCGCGCCGCCACCGUGCCCCCGGGAGGCUCCUUCGGCGUCGGGGACGGGCCGCUGCGGCGGGACAUCUUCGGCUGCGACGGGAGCGAGCGGCACCCGGGCGAGUGCCCCACGGUGGUGCUGGGGGAGCCCCCCUGCCUCCCCGGCCACGCUGCCGCCGUCAACUGCUCAGGCGUUGCCGAGCCCCUGCGGCUGGCGGAGGGGGAGAGCCGGUGCGACGGGCGGCUGGAGGUCGCCGCAAGCCUCGGUGCCUGGGCCCGUGUGCCGGCGGGGCUGUGGGACGCCCGGGGUGGCGGCGUGGUGUGCCGGCAGCUGAGCUGCGGCAUGCCGGAGAAGAUCUACAGCGUGCCGGGCUCGGGCACCGCGGCGCUGCGGGGGCUGUGGUGCGCCGGCACCGAGGAGAGCGUGGCCCAGUGCAACGUCUCGGGGAUGGCCGUCGUGCCGACCAGCAGCCCUGAAGAGGUGGCCAUCGUCUGCUCGGGCAGCCGGCGGGUGAGGCUGGCAGGCGGCCCCGGGCGCUGCGCCGGGCGAGUGGAGAUCUACGGCAAUGGCACCUGGGGCAGCGUCUGCCAGGACACCUGGGACCUCUCGGACGCCACGGUCGUCUGCCGCCAGCUGGGCUGCGGAACGGCUCUGGAGGAACCCAGGUCGGCUCGCUUCGGUCCCGGCACGGGGCCCCUGUGGCCGGAUGCCGGUGGCUGCGCCGGGACGGAGGCGUCGCUCUGGGACUGCCCGGCCUUGGCACGGCACGUCUGCCGGCGCGGUGGCGGGGCGGUAGCCGUGUGCUCAGAGCAGCUCUCCCUGCGGCUGGUGGGCGGCAGCACCCGCUGCAACGGGCACCUGGAGGUGCUCUACAACGGCACCUGGGGCCGCGUGUGCGCCAACGGCACCAGCCCCGCCACGGCCAGCGCCGUCUGCCGGCAGCUGGGCUGCGGGGACGGGGGCUGGCUGGUGGCCGCCCCUGCCCAGGACCCCGCGCCCGCCUGGCUGUCCUGGGUGGGCUGCGAGGAGGGGGCUCGCUGGCUCUGGCGGUGCCCGGUGGCACCCUGGCACCUGCAGGACUGCGGCCCCGACGGGGACGCCCACGUCACUUGUGACGAGGACAGCGGUGGCACGAGCGGGACCCCCACCCCAUCCCCAGGUGUCCCCAGCAGCACCACCCCGGCGGCAGCGUCGGGGACCGCGUCGGUGCCCACGGUCCUGUGCGCGGUCCUGGGGACGCUGCUGUGCCUGGCCCUGGGCGCCCUGGCCGUGCAGGCGUGCCGUGCCCGGGCUCAGCGCCGAGGCCCCGACGGAGCCGUGGGCGCCAUCUCUGACGCCAUCUACGAGGAGCUGGACUACGCCCUGACGCCGGAGUACCAGGAGGUGCCCAGUCGCUCAGGCUCCCUAUCGGAGGGGUCGGGGACGAAGCUGCCGUAUUACCCCAAGGACAGCGUGGAGCGGAGUGACCCCAAGGCAGCCCCAGACUCCCCUGCCCAGCACGGCCCCUCGCAUUACUAUGACGAUGCCACGGCUGUGUCGCAAGAGUCCCCCGCUGCCAGCGCUGGGGACAUCUCCGAGGGGGAGGCGCAGAGGAGCUGGGGCCGUGUCCCACCCGCAGGUGGGAGCUGCCCCCCGCCAAGUCCCCCGGGAGCCGCGAGGGACCCCCCGGCACAGCCCCCGGGGACCGUGGACUACGACGAUGUUGGCAUCAGCACCCCGGGGACAUCGCUGUGAGGAUGCCCGGGUCACACACGUGCAGGGUGGUGGGGCUGUCCCCAAGAUGGGGUGGCCUUGGCCACAGAGGAGGUCACAUCUCCCUGCCCAGGGCCGCAGCACAGCAGCAAAACAGCUCCCGCAGGGUUGGGGUUUCUUUAGUAUUCUUAUUAUUAUUGCUCUUUCACUGGGAAUUUCUCUUUUCUAUUAAACCCUGAAACUAAAAA